GUGGCGGAGCUCGCCCAAUACUUCGACGACCUCACGACGCAGCACGAGAGGUCGCAGGUGCCUGCGCCUCGCCAGGGGGCGGAUCAUGACUUCCCGCCCGUCGGCCAGAAGCCCGAGGACGAGAUGGAGGUGGCAGAGGCUGUGGCGCCCAGCGGCGCUGCGCCGCCAGCACCGCCUACUGCCGCGCAAGUGCCGUGCCCCACCGAUGAGGAGCUCGACGGUGCGACCCCGAUGGACCAGACGCAGUCCUUGGCCGUCGCCAACGGCAUGGCCGAGAUCCAGGGCGCGCAGGGCCCCGAGGCCAAGAAGGCGCGGGCUGCGGCGAUGGCCGCGGAGGCCGCCGCUGGAGCCACGGGG